UUUGCAAUAUUUCAAAUUUAUUUGAGCACAUUCAGAUUUAACACUUUAAAAAUUAUUUUUUAAUUAAAAUUGCAGCCCAUAGUUUGAUCUCGAGGGGAAACAUUUCAUCUGCCUUUGGUCAGAAAGCUGGACACAUUUGUUUCCUGUUCACCCUCAAUAUCCAUUGUUCUUUGCAGCAUUAUCUUUGUCUAGGAAUCCGUCAAAUUCACCAACAUUUGCCCGUUGGGGCAGAGAUGUUAAUUGAAGAAAUCUUGCAGCUCAUUGUUUCUUUGAAAACUCUUUAGUAGACCCUUUGGCCCUGCUCAGGUUGUGGCUGAUCUCUGGUGCCCCAGCCUUGGCAUCAGAUGGAACUCAAUCCCAACAUGCAUGGGAACUGGCCUAUUUCUGACUGAGCUGCAGGAUGCAGUAUUAAAUUUGUUCAUGGUGUGUAGAGGAUCAUUGAAUGCCAUACCUGAAGUCACAGUUAAUACCUCCACGGGACAGACAGUGAUGUUUCCCAUAGAGCACCAAGGCAAAGAAGAGCAGUAUGAUGUUACGUUUGGAUUAAAAUUUCCACUGAAUUUAAAGAUUUUAACAUGGCAAUCCACUAAACCGGGGAAGCUGCAAAUUGUACACCCACAAUAUGAACACAGAGCCAGAAUCAGACGUGAAUCAGUGGUGUUGGAUGAUUUGCAAGUUGAUGACAGUGGAGUGUAUCAAAUGCGAAUUGACUACUAUGGCUCAGAACUGAAAAAUCAUGAUCAAAGUACUUUCAUAAUUCAAGUAUUUGAUCCAGUUUCUCAACCUAUAGCUGAGACACUUAUACAUGAUCAGAAUGCAUCCAAUAUCACUCUGAAUUGUUUUGUCGCCAAUGAAAUCGGCGUUACGAUUUACUGGGAAAAGAUGUCCCAGUCUGGAGAAAUCAUCGAGACCUAUGCCAAGACAAUUAUUGUGAUAGACUGUUCGACUGAAGAAGAACAAUAUGAAUACAGGUGUAUAGCAAAAAACCCAGUCAGUAAUGCAUCUAGCAGUGAAUUAUCUUUCAACGAAUGUGUCGCCAGAAAUUGGAAUGGUAAAAGGAAUUCUCUGAUAAUUCUGAUUCCUAUGGGGAUAGUCGCGGGAAGUAUAUUGAUUUGCUUUUUCAAACAUGCGGGGUUUUUUAAGGUUCGAAGUGAUUGAUCUUAUCGCAUGUACCAUGGAAUUUGAUGACCUUCUCCUAAGAUGACUGAAACCAGGAUCCAAAUUCCCAGCCCCUGCUGCGACAUGACAGACCCUACCUUUCAAUGGUGUCUCUUGGCUGGGUAAUCAUCUUGCUUUCACACUGGAUAACUACAAAGGAAAUUUACUAUAAUGUCAUAUUUUUUAAACGAAAAAAGGAUAAAUCUUUUUUAACAUGAUUUUUUUUAACAAAUAAAUUAUUCGGUGUUGGCAGCUAUCAA